AAAAAAAGAGUUGUUCAUUCCUCACUAAGUGGACCAUCGAAAGUCUUCGGUUCUACAUUGAUACGAAAUUUGACGGGAAGGUCCCCAAAUCCAGAUCCGUUUUUUGGAUCUUCCGUCAUCACCAUCAUCAAUACUAUCCAUCUGCCACCACAAAUUUAACGCCCCUCUGAGCUCCCUUUAUAAGCACCGGAAAUGCAGAACUUUUCUGCUCAUGCUGCUUCCCGGUCUUUUCUUCUGUACUACUCUGGCUCCUUCAUUUCCCUCAUCUCCUUCUACGGACGAGAAUGAUCUCCGGGGCGGCUCUUCUCCACAGACCCACCUCGAAAUUCUUCUCUGCUCGUCCUUACCGGACCAAUUUCUCCAGACCCAGUUUGCGUAUUCGGUUUUCUACCCCGGAAUCGACCGGCUUUCGUGGAACUAGGACGAACGCGAGAGCUGGACUUUCGUCGAACACCAUGUCUACCGAGUCGUUCAAGUCGCCUGGAAUUAGUAGGGGGAGGAACGAGGAAAGUAUGGGAGUACAUCAGCAGGAAGUUUUGGUCAACGACUCUCCCGAGUUUCAAGCUCUAUCAAUUGACGGCGGUGGACUGGAAGCUACCCUCAAUAGCAUGAGCAAAUGGUUAGUAUCUGCGGCUUUUGGCGCUUUCUUUCUGUGGAGGCACGAUGCAGACGCGCUGUGGGUGGCUACAGGUGCUGUCAUCAAUUCGGUCCUGUCAGUGGUACUUAAGCGGAUUCUGAACCAGGAGAGGCCAUUUCCUACUGCGAGAGGUGACCCUGGAAUGCCUUCUUCACACGCUCAAUCCAUAUUCUACAUUGUUACCUUUGGCGUUCUCGCAACUGUUGAAUCGCUAGGGGUGAAUGCAGUUUCAGUCAUCCUCACUGCAAUGUUUUUGGCUAGUGGCUCCUAUUUUUCAUGGCUACGAGUAUCGCAGAAGCUACACACAGUGAACCAAGUGGUGGUUGGAGCAGUAGUGGGUACAGGUUUCUCAGCUUUGUGGUAUUGGCUAUGGAGUGAAUUUGUGUUUCAGGCUUUCAUUUCAUCUGUUUGGGUUCGGCUGGUGGUUGUUUUGGGCGCUCUUACAUUCUGCGUCAGCUUCAUCGUCUAUGUUAUUAACUACUGGCUUAUUGAUGAUUAGUUCUCUUAUCUCUCUUCAUUCUUAGUCAGUUUUUAAGAAAAACUAUGAUAUCAGUUAAUAGACAAGAGGCUACAGAAAAUCCUGUAGAUUAGCUGAUAAGAUGGACUGGUUUAUCCCAGGACAGGGUUGUAAACUUGUAAUGUAUUCAUGUAAAAUAAUGUCUGCAUGUCCUUGUCAAUUGAUGGCAAUGGCUAAUUCUUUCCAAGUUCUGUACACAAUCAAUCAGAGGUGCAAUUAACAUUGUCCACUUCAUGUAAUACAUCCUUUGCCCAGUAUACAAUACUGGAA